UGGCUUGUCUUGUUCCUUUUAUUCAUGGUGACGGCGCGGUGCGUUCAGGGGGCUUUGGGCCAAUGCGGUCAGCUGUAUCGCUCUGCUGUCUCUGCGUGUGCGCGUGCGUGUGCGCGUGGCGGGUAGGGACUCUGAAGGUCGAGCCAGUCAUCGUGACUUUUCACUGACCACCACGCGACAACCUGCGGUGUUUUAACACGACCCCGCCCGGCUGCUUCCCACCGGCACCACCAGCACCCUUCACCCAGCCCUCUCUAGGAGGUGGAGGGGGGGGGGAAACAAAACUAACACCACCUGCCGACGCCUCUCGCGCCACAUGACCGUCUCGAAGAUGACAUGGCGUCCUCAGUACCGCAGCUCCAAGUUCCGCCACGUGUUCGGUAAGGCCGCCACCAAGGAGAGCUGCUAUGAUGGCGUGCCGAUCACAUGCAGCGUCCAGGACAACCACUUCUGUGCAGUCAACCCGCGCUUCCUGGCAGUCAUCACUGAGUGCGCCGGGGGAGGGGCCUUUCUGGUGCUGUCUAUCAACCAUACCGGCAAGGUGGACCCUCAACAUCCCCGAAUAUCUGGCCACAGAGGCAACGUGUUGGACAUCAAAUGGAAUCCCUUCAACGACUACUGCAUCGCCUCCUGCUCCGAGGACUCCACGGUGAAAGUGUGGGAAAUCCCUCCUCAUGGUGUGCUGAAGAACCUCACAGCGGCGUGGAAGGAGCUCCAGGGUCACAGCCGCAGAGUGGGCCUCAUCGAGUGGCACCCGACCGCCAACAACAUCCUCUUCAGCACGGGCUAUGACUACCAGAUCAUGAUCUGGAACCUGGACUGUCCGGAGCAGGUGAUAAAAAACCCGGUGCGGACAAUCAGCCACCACACAGACGUGGUCCUCUCCAUGUCGUUCAACACAGAGGGCAGCCUCUUGGCCACCACCUGCAAGGACAGGAAGGUCCGGCUCCUCGACCCGCGCUCGGGACAACUACAGCGGGAAUCCAACUGCAAGACGCACAAAGCCAGCAAGGUGCUGUUCCUGGGUAACCUGAAGAUGCUCUUCACGUCGGGCACGUCGCGUUACAACGACCGGCAGUUUGCUCUGUGGGAUCAGGACGAUCUGUCUCUGCCUUUGUCACAAGAGAACCUGGAUGGUUCGUCAGGAGUCCUCUUUCCUUUCUACGACCCCGACACACACAUGCUCUACCUUGCCGGGAAGGGUGACGGAAAUAUGAGGUACUAUGAGAUCAGCUCAGAAAAACCAUAUAUCCACUAUUUAACAGAGUACCGAUCAAACCUACCUCAGAAAGGAAUGGGUGUGAUGCCCAAGAGAGGUCUGGAUGUGAGCUCCUGUGAGGUGUUCAGGUUCUACAAACUGGUGACAAUCAAGAGUCUCAUCGAGCCUCUUUCCAUGAUCGUACCCCGCAGGUCGGAGUCGUACCAAGAAGACAUCUAUCCGAUGACUGCUGGUAACAAGCCUGCUUUGUCUGCAGAGGAGUGGCUGAGUGGCGUUGAUAAAGGUCCGGUGCUGAUGUCCCUGAAGCCUGGAAGUCAGGUAGCAGAGUCGUACUCCGAGAUGACGAAGGUCACGCGCAGGUUUCAGAGCAGGCCGGGCGCGCUGCAACUGUCCAACAUUCAGGACCAGGUGGCAACCAAAGACGGCAGGGAGGACGGCGGCAAAACCGAGGACGACAGGAGCCGGACGCCGGUCAGCAACGGGGAGGACCUGGCGCUUUGCUCUCCGCCCAGGACGGAGAACGAGCUGCGAACAAAGUUUCACAAGCAGCAGGAGGAGAUCCGUCGGUUGAGGGAGCUCCUCAGUCAGAGGGACGUCCGCGUCAAACAGCUGGAGCUGGAGAUUAAGAACAUCAAAAACUCUCAGCCUCACCAGAACUCCCUCUGAGACUUGCCCCGAACCAACAGGGUCCCAUCACCGUACGGACGUACCAACCCCCGCCCCCCCGCCGCCGACACCUGCUCUUAGGAGUCCCGACUCGCCUCUUGACCUUUUUUAAUGAUCCCUCCAGUCGCUGCACACGGGCGAUUUGUCUUUCUCCGAGUGUGUCCGCUCCACACGGGGUGCACACACACUCAGUUCACGUAUCUAAUCACAACCCGGCCGUAACAUGAUUUAAAACUGUUUGCACCUGUUGACCUUGACCUUUCUUUUGUACGCUUCAAAGCUAUGCAAGUAAAUUGUAAAAAUGUUUAGCUUUUGAUGGUCUUUGUAGCAGGAGAUAAAGCGGGAUGUCGGUGAUUGGUCUCUACUGAACGAUGUGGCCAAGCGGCGCGUUUUUGACAGUAGUUGCAGGGCAGGAGCUCACAUCCCGUGUGAUUGUGCGACGACGCUGAAUUUAUUUUUAAUGCUUGGUGAUUGUUUUAUUUUUCCAAUAUUUAAACUACUGUAAGUGGCUGUGGUAUUUCUAACGUAUGCUUGAUUUGGAGCGAUCUAAAUGAAUGACAAUGUCAUGAUCCCGUCUGUGUUCUUGCGUUCUAUUGAGCUACAUUUGUUUUUAUUUUCUGAAUAACUGGGAAAUUUUAAAUGAAUCAAUGUGUUUGACAGCAGCUAUUGUGUAAGCCAAUUCUGUAACUGAUGCCAUGUAGCAGUUCUUAAUUUUUAUAUUUAUUUUAAAACACAGGCCAAGUACCAUUUGUUAAAGUACUUCCCGAUUGUAAUUUUCCAAAAAUACAGCAUGUUAUCUUUCUUUUUUUUAAAGGACAGAACGCGUGCUCUCUUUUCCUGAGGUUGAGUCACUGUGAUGAAACAAUUUAAAGCCAUCGGAGAGCCGCCGUCGUCCUGCUAGACUCUCGGGUCCGUUUGUGUUCCACUACUCCUGAAUGUUUUUUUUUUUUU